AUGAACAAAUUACUGAUACUAGUCGCUAUCAUAUCCCUGGCGUUUUGCCAGGACAGUAUCUCUGGAGACUUGAAUACGGUGAUCAAACAGGUAUUUGGCGAACGCCCUGGAAACCUCGGUCUGAAGAAGCCUUCAACCAUUGUGCCGGUACGUGCUACAUCAGCCACGCCCGCAUCAUGUAUAUUGGAUGAUGGAUCAUCCGGCGCGUGUGUUAACAGUUAUCUGUGUAACGCAAACAAUUCUGUGAUAACUGACGGAGUGGGAGUCAUUGAUACGAGAGAUCAAAGCCGUCCCUGCUCAUACAAUGAGGUGUGCUGCUCAUUGUCUAACAGAAGGAAGUCUGGAGAUCUUAUAACCACAGCACCACCCGUUGAUCGGCGCGAAGGUUGCGGCCGGCGUAACCGACAUGACGUUGGUUUUCGUAUCACAGGCGACAGAGAUGACGAAGCGGAAUUCGGAGAAUUCCCGUGGAUGGUUGCCAUAUUAAAGAUCGAGCCAGUGGAUGCAGAGGAUCCAGAAGGAAAGAAACGGAACGUAUACGUUGGUGGAGGCUCUCUCAUUCACCCCAGAGUAGUUCUGACUGCAGCACACUAUGUUGCUGCCUCUAAAGCAUUUAGAGUGAGAGCUGGGGAAUGGGACACCCAGACCACGAAGGAGACUUACCCUUACCAGGACAGAGAUGUCUCUGAAAUCGUAAUUCACCAGGACUUUAAUAAGAAAAAUCUCUUCUACGACAUUGCUCUCCUCUUCCUCUCAUCUCCAAUGGAGUAUGCGCUGAACGUCGGCAUCGUGUGCCUGCCACCACCAAGAGAACGAACUCUCCCUGGAACUCGAUGCUUAGCGUCUGGUUGGGGAAAGGACAAGUAUGGGAAAGAGGGACGCUUUCAAGUUAUUUUGAAAAAGGUGGAAGUCCCAGUAGUAGAUAGACGUCAAUGUCAAACUUCGCUACGGAAAACCCGUCUGGGUCAAUACUUUAAGCUCCACGCUACCUUUAUGUGCGCUGGUGGGGAGAAUGGAAAGGAUACUUGUAAGGGAGACGGUGGAUCUCCACUUGUUUGCCCUAUACCGCACGAGAAAGACAGAUACAUGCAGAGUGGUAUAGUCGCGUGGGGCAUUGGGUGUGGUCAGGAUGGAACUCCAGGUGUCUAUGUGGAUGUAGCCAACCUUCGCGACUGGAUCGACGACAAAAUGACCGACAAAGGAAUUGACCCUAUGUUAUACACAUAUUAA